GGAUCGUUAGCAUUUUAGCUAGCCUGGUUAAACAAAGUAACCAAGAACCACUGUCUGUAUAUCGUUAGUCAUUUGAUAGUCUUUUAAAAUUUAUUUCAAUAAUAUAAUAUAAUUCAAGUGUGAUAUACUUAUCAAAUGGCGGGAAAAAAGAAAGAGGCCUCUGUCACAAACCAAGAACAAUGGGAAGAGAUGCUCUCUAUCAAAGGUUUAACAGUUGUUGAUGUGUACCAGCAGUGGUGUGGCCCCUGUCGAGCUGUGGUUAGUCUCCUGCGAAAAAUCAAAAAUGAACUGGCCGAUGACCUUCUACAUUUUGCCACAGCUGAGGCUGACAGCAUUGAUGCCUUGGAGAGAUAUCGGGGUAAAUGUGAACCCACCUUCCUUUUGUACGGGGGUGGGGAGCUGGUGGGUGUCCUGCGAGGGGCCAAUGCUCCAAUGCUCCAGAGGAUGAUUGUGGAGGAGCUGGCAAAAGAGAAGCUGGUUCUGGAGCAAGGAGGUGGACGCAAAGUGGUCAAAGAUGUGGGUUUGUUGGAUGAUGAGAGCAAAGAAGAGGAGGAACCAGAUCAACAGAAAAUCGAGGAAAGCUUGAUUGUUCCUUCAAGUAAAUCCUACACAGUUGCUAUCAUUAAACCAGAUGCCGUUGCUCAUGGCAAGGCAAACGAAAUCAUUAUGAAGGUUCAGGAUGCUGGAUUCGAGAUCCUUGCACACGAGGAGCGCACACUGACUGAGGCUGAAGCUCGGGAUUUUUACCAACACAAAGCAGCAGAGGCCUGCUUUGAGGACUUGGUGCAAUUUAUGUCCAGCGGUCCUUCCCAUAUUCUGGUGCUCUCUCAUAUAAAUGGCUCAGGCAGCGUGAUACCAGCUUGGCGCGAGUUCAUUGGCCCAGCUGACAUAGAGGCAGCCAGGGCAGAAAGGCCAGAAAGCUUGCGGGCACAAUACGGCACAGAGACACUGUUCAACGCAGUGCACGGUAGUGAGGACAGCAACCAGGCCAGCAGGGAGCUCGCCUUCUUCUUCCCCAACUUUAGGAGGGCAUCGGUAACAGAGCAGGAUGGGGAGGAAGAGCCUGUGGAGAGGACACUGGCUCUUAUCCGGCCCAACAUUGCCAGGGAGAACAGAGAGGAAAUCUUGGCCCAGAUUCAUAAGUCAGGCUUCAUUAUCGCCCUCAAAAAAGAGAUGAUGUUGUCAGAGGAACAGGUCAGACAGUUUUACUCCCACCAUGUUGAUGAAGACUACUUCCCUGCUCUGCUGCAAAGCAUGACAAGUGGGCCAGUGGUAGCUUUGGCUCUUGCCAGAAAAGAGGCUGUCUAUCACUGGAAGAGCAUACUUGGUCCUCCUAACCUUGAUAAGGCCAGAGAAGAAAGUCCUGAGUGUCUAAGGGCCCAGUUUGCUGUGGAGGACACACCCAUCAACCAGCUUCAUGGUAGCUCGAGCCCUGAGGAUGCCGAACGAGAAAUCAACUUUUUCUUUCCUAAACAACGGACGAUGGCAGUAAUAAAACCUGAUGCAAUGGAAGAACACAAAGGGGUGAUUUUGGAAGAAAUCCACGGGAGAGGUUUUUCAGUAACACAGCUGAAAGAAAUGGUGCUUUCAAGGGAAAUGGCUGAGGAGUUUUACAAAGAGCACAGAGAGAAGCCUUUCUUCAAUCAGCUGGUGGAAUUCAUGUGCCGGGGACCCUGUAUGAUACUCGUCCUGACCAAAGAAAAUGCAGUGGAGGAGUGGAGGGCCAUGAUGGGGCCCACCGACCCCGAGAAAGCAAAGGAAAAGUCUCCAAAGUCUCUGAGGGCGCGCUUUGCUGCCGACAUCCUCCACAACACAGUGCAUGGCUCCUCCAGUGAGCAGCAUGCAGAUGAGAAGAUAGGUUUUAUUUUUGGUGACAUUGGGGGAGACGCAGAACUCUCUGGUGACAAAACCAUUUCAGCAAAACGGCAAGACAGUUCUGCAGAUGAAAACAUGGAAAUGUCAAGCUCUUCACCCAAGGAAAUUUCAACUACCGGUAAUUAUUAUGAAAUUGAAGAUGAUCCCCAUAAUUCGAAUCCCCGCAGCCCGCUAAUGGGAGGAAAUGAUGAUCUUAACCACUCAGACUGAAUUCUCCAGUACUGACAUGUAUAAUCAUGGGAACACGGUGCUAUUGUUUCAUGAAUCAUGCAGUAAGCAGGGCCGAUAUGUCACACGUAGCGCCUUCUGUGGGAAGUGCUGAAAAGUAAUAAAUACACUGUUGUAGUAUGUUUAAAUAGAAAUCAAAGUACGGUACUCUUCAUACAACUGGUUUGAUGUCUGUGUUGUUUAAUACUUCUGAUCCACACAACGCUUUGGUACUGUCUUUGCCCCAGAGCAAAAUGUGGGGAUUAAUGCAGAGAAAUCUGUCUUUAAAAAACACUUUCCUGUUUCCUUAAUGGUGUUAAGAUACAUUACCAAUAAAAAAAAAUUAAAAAGAG